AUGGCAAUCAGACGCAUGGCUGAUAUAUACUCCAAGGCGCACAAAGUACUGGUUCUUGACGCAGAGCUCCUUCAGUGUUCCUUCCGGGAUCCCUUUGAAGUGGCAUUACGGAUCUUCUUGAGCGACUGGUCGAAGCGUCUCUGGACUUGCCAGGAGAGCGAACUGGCGGACGAAAUUGUUUUUCAGUUCUGUGAUGGGGUCGUGGGGCCUGGAAUCCGGUACCCGAGGCUUGAAGAAAUCGUUGCUGGCGCGGUUGAUGACGACUGGCAAUACGCUCAUCCACAUUCACUGCGGAAGCUCAUGAAGACACUGUUCAACCUGAUCGGCUUGGAGAUCAAGAAUGGCUCAUUGCACAAGAUCCGCGGGAAAUCCCGUCGCCAGGAAGCUUUCUCGUUGCUGUUGGACUUCCGCACGACCAGUCGUCUCGAGGACGAGCCUGUUUGUCUGGCCAGCAUGCUCCGCCUGGAGCAGGAUCGCAUAGCUGCGAUCCAGAGUGCUCCUGCCUCACAGCGGAUGAUGUCUUUCUACAUCAACUGCGGGUGGCCAUCGUUGACUUGGGCGUUCAUGGCGUCCCAGUCCUCGGACCGGCUACAGAUCCCGGGCUUUCGAUGGGCGCCGUCCUCGUUCCUGGGCGGCGACAACCAGGGAAGUUGGCCUACACUCAACGAACAGGGCGACGUUCCAGAUCCUGAAAAGCUACCGGAGCGCGCCUUUGCCGCUCUCAAGCCGUAUGACUGGACGUAUAUGCAGUUGAUGCCCCAUCCCAGCGCGGGGGAUCCCGAGUAUGUCCUUGAGAUCAAGUGCCCCGGCUUCCGCCUCUACAACCCGAGCGGCAUCAGCUUGUCAAGUCCACCGCAUCAGUUUUCGUUUAUGUACCGCGACUGCAUGUUCCGCGCCAGCCUCGAUGACAUGUACGACGACUUCGAAUUUGGGCACAUGGCCCUGGUCCUACACAACGACCCUCAAGCCGUCGAGCGCUGUUACGUUGAGCAUGAGACGUUUCAGACCAGGGCAUUUAUCAUCAAUCAUUACGAUCUGUACGCCGACGUGGCGAGCUCACAGCCCUACGUCGUACCGUAUAGCUGCGUGGCGACCGUCUGGUGGCACAGAUCUGGCCAGAGAGACCGGUCAUUAGUGGGCGCGAGCGACCUCCCGUAUCAGUUCAAAGUACACGGUGAGAUGCUUCCCUAUGGAACCACUUGGCUAAUCUCCUAG